ACUGGGCCGUUUAAUUUUUCUCUUUUUUAAAAUCCGAAGAACAUCCAGAGGAAAUUAUAGUGGCUGAGAUUGCUCCGACGCCCCCAAACUGUAAUUUCCGGUGCGUUAGGUUUCUCACUUCCAACGAAAAAUAGAAAAAAGAAAAAAAAGGAAGUACACAAGAAGCAACUCUUCUUCACUGCAAAAAUUUGGUUCCUCUUCAGUUUUCUUUCAUCUUUCUUCUCCUUCAAUUCACCUCCUUAAUUGCAAGAAACUAUGUGUUUUCUGCCGAGUUUCUGGUGAUUCCACUCUCAUGCAUGAUCGGAGCAGCCACUGUUCCCUUCAGAGUUACCUCCAUCCAUGGCUGUCCCCCAAGGUUUUGGCGUCUUCCGGUUCGUUUUGAGGCGGAUCGCUACCGAUUUCUGUCGCUUUUUUUCUGUUUUGCAGUAGCAUCAAGAAGCGAGGUGACAAAACCAACAACGGCUUCAUCAUUUAGAAUUUUUUAUAUCCCAAACAAUGAAAGGAGGUUUUCGUUUUACCCGUUGCUCGUUAGAGAGGAUUUGAAGCAGCGGCAGCUGCUCAGGUCCGUUGAUGGAUCCCAACUCCUCAGGAGAAGACUUGGUUUUUAAGACCAGGAAACCAUAUACAAUUACAAAGCAACGAGAGCGCUGGACAGAGGAGGAGCACAAUAGAUUUUUAGAGGCGUUGAAGCUCUAUGGCCGAGCAUGGCAGAGAAUUGAAGAACAUAUUGGAACAAAAACUGCAGUCCAGAUACGAAGUCAUGCACAGAAGUUCUUUUCAAAGUUGGAAAAAGAAGCACUUGUUAAGGGGAUACCUGUAGGACAAGCUCUUGACAUAGAUAUUCCACCACCUCGUCCUAAGAGGAAACCAAGUAAUCCUUAUCCAAGGAAGACUCCCAUAUCAAAGCUGGGAUCAAAUGACGGGAAGCUCUUGACUUUAGUGUUUUCUUCGCAGAGCAAACAAAUCUUAGAUUUGGAGAAAGAGCCACUGAAUGAGGGUACUAGUGGAGAAGAACAAGCAACUAAUGAAAAGGAUGCUCAUGAUGAUAAUUGCUCAGAAGUACUUACCCUAUCACGGGAAGCUUACUCUUUUUCCUCGAAAAACAAAAGUUCUGUACCAGUGCAAGUGAAAUUGAAACACUCGUGUGGUUUCAGGGAGUUUCUGCCUUCAGUUAAAGAGCUACUUCAUGAGAAAGUCACUAGCAAAGUUUCAGAAUUGGAGAUUUCAAGUGCUUCACAUGAAAAAUUGGUGUCUGCUGAAAAGAAAGAAGCUUUAAGUUGCGUACUGUCUAGAGAUGAGAUGCAGGCCGCUCAUAAUUAUCCGAGGCAUGUGCCUGUGCAUGUGGUAGAUGGAAGCUUGGGAGCAAAUGCUCAAGGUUCUUUAACAGAUACCCCGCUGCUGGAUUCCACUUUUCAUCCAGUAACGGAGGUUCCAGGAGAGCGUGGUAUACUUAGAAAUCCAUCUGAUUCUGUUUCCUUUGAACAUCAAAAUAAUACACCUAGGUGUAUUUAUCAAUCAUAUCCACCCAUUCAUCCUACUCCAUUCACCUUACUUCACCCUGACCAAGAAAAUUGCAAGUCACUUCAUCACAUGUCUUCCUCAUUUUCGGAUCUUAUUGUGUCUACCCUUCAACAAAACCCUGCAGCCCAUGCAAUAGCAAGUUUGACAGCAACAUGUUGGCCCUAUGUGAAUUCUGAAACUUCUGAAGAUUCUCCUUUAUCUGAUAAAGAAGGUCUUAGGACCAAGCAAAUGAACCCCACUCCAAGUAUGGAAGCCGUUGCUGCAGCAACUGUGGCAGCUGCAACUGCAUGGUGGGCGGCCCAUGGACUGCUACCUUUAUGUGCCCCUUUUCAUUCUACCUUUACCAAUGCUGCUAUAUCAGCUCCUGUAGUACAAUCAUCAGAUAUCUGUCCAAAUCCUGCGUCCAAGGACAAAGCAGAAAGUCCCCUACAAAAUGCUGCUUUGCAAGAUCAGCACCUGGAUGCAGAACAAUCAGAAGCUUUGACAGCUCAACAUUCAGGUUCCAAGUCACCUACUCAUUCAUCAUCUGACUCUGAGGGUAGUGGAGGUGCAAAUGCAAAUGCUAUGGUGAAACCUGCCCAUAACGAAAAGACACCUGCUGUAGCCGAGUUUCACGAUUCAAACAAGGUUAAGAGGGGAAAACAAGUGGAUCGUUCCUCCUGUGGUUCCAAUACACCUUCUGGAAGUGAUCGGGAGAUAGAUGCAUCAGAAAAGAACGAUAAAGAAAAGGAGGAGGAAACGGAGCUUGAAAUGAACCGUCCAGCCGCUGAGUCCAGUAAUCGUCGCAGUAGAAGCAUCAGUAACACAAGUGAAUCUUGGAAGGAGGUUUCUGAUGAGGUAAAAAGGGGGCGGCUGGCCUUUCAAGCACUCUUCACUCGUGACGUAUUGCCACAAAGCUUUUCACCUCCUCAUGAUGUAGAAAACGAGAAUAAGGAGAAUGAAAAUGUUAAAAAAGAUAGUCAUGUUGUAGAUAAAGAUAGUGGUGCAGCGGUUUUGGAUCUUAACAACAAGACUUGUGGAUCUUCUAAUCAUCAAGGUAUGGAGAGAGAUACAUCACCAACAGGUGUCAACAACGGAGUGGGCGAAUUUCUCACAAUCGGACUUGGAACUGGGACGCCCAAGAGUUGUCGAACUGGAUUUAAACCUUACAAACGAUGUUCAGUGGAGGCAAAGGAAAAGAGAAUGACAACUUCCAGCAGCCACUGUGAAGAGGGAGGUCAAAAAAGACUACGCCUGGAGCAGAAAGCCUCAAAUUGACAGUUGAUUGGCAUGCAAACAAGCAAAGGAAACCUUUGUCUUCUGCAUGUAUAUCUAACCUUCCUCGUCAAUCUAUCUUUCCUACUUUAAUUCUUCGCGUGUGUACUAUAAAAUGCCUACAUUAUAUGAUUGGUACAUUCGAACUUAUACUACUGAAACUGAACAUUUACCUAAAUUUGCCUUCUUUUUGUAAGAAUUGUUCAGUACCAGUAGCCAUUAUCAGGCCAUCUCUUCCAAGACUGUAGUUUCUUCAUGAGACGGUAUAUAUUUAGCAUGUUUUUCUUCUGCCUGUCCCACUAUGUAGGAACCAGAAACCAAAUUUGUUAAUCGUGUAAAACUAAUCGAAACAACGGAGACAUUCCUUCUGGUGUGGGUAGCAAUAUCUUGA